ACAGCUGUUUCCCUGGACACAGGUCUUUGCUUGGACUUUGAAGUCCUUUCAAAUUACUGUCUUGCUUGCAGUAUCCACAAGGACAUGGGUGAUGAUGAUGAGGUAUGGCAAGCCUUUCAUCGUCCUGUAUGUGAAAAACACCGAAUGUUCAUCCCAUGCAAUGGAACCUGAAGCAGCAGUGCGCAUAUGGCAGAGGACUUUGUCAUACGAGACCCCACUGCGCUUCACAAGCUUCUUGAGUGAUGGGGACAGCAAAGCCUUUACUGCCGUCUGUGGGGCUGAGGUGUACGGUGACACUGUCAUCGAAAAAGAAGAGUGCACCAACCACGUUGCAAAACGCCUAGGCACUGCUCUGCGAAAAAUGACAACGCCACUGCCACGAGGUGAAAAGCUAACGGUCGCAGCCAUCCAGAAACUGCAGACAUACUACCAAAUAGCCAUAACAAAUAACAAGGGCAGUGUGCGCAGCAUGUACACUGCUAUAUGGGCCUCAUAUUUUCAUUGUUGCUCCAGUGAUGGGGCCAGCAGCCACAAAUUUUGCCCUGCUGAACCAGAUUCCUGGUGCAAACAUAGGUGUGCUGAAGCACUGGGGGAGCCUACACCACGCCACACCCCCUUGUUGACAAAAGCUCAGGGCUUGGCAAUUAUGCCUAUAUAUAAGCGCCUUACUGAUGAGAAGCUCCUGGCUCGGUGCCUUCAUGGCAAGACGCAAAACGCAGCAGAGUCACUCAACAGCAAGAUAUGGCUGCUGUGUCCAAAAACAAAAUUUGCUUCCCGGACAUCUGUGGAGACAGCCACGGCUAUUGCCGUGCUGUGGUACAAUAAAGGCCAUGCGGGCUUUGAAGAAGUCCUACAAGAGAUUGGAGUACUUCCCCCAGAAGAGUUGGUCACACAUAGCGACCAUUCUGAUGACAUGCGCGUAAAGAAAAUGAACUUGAAGCGAACCGCAGAAGCAAGGGCGCACCGUCGUAGCGCAGUGAAAAGGGCUCGCACCGAGGAGACCAACCGUAGGAGCCGGGAAGGGCCAAGCUACAGUGCAGGAGCAUUCUAGAAACUUUUGUGUGCUUUCUGUGAAGCUGCUCUUGAGUGUGACAAAGAUUAAUGCAAAAACAACUGGAUUUUGAAGAAUAGAAGGUUUUGAAACUUUCAAACCUGUUUUUCUCAUUUUCAAUUUUUUUGAUAUUUUCGUGUCUUCCGGGAAGCCUUUUGUACACUUAGAAUUGGUGUAUACUAAUGAAAUUUGGCACACAUACUCUUGAAGGUAUGUAGAAUACCGAUAUCUACUUGAAAUUUCAAUAUCAGUCGUCAGUAAUUACAAUAGUACGAAGUUAUGUCUCAGGGAACUAAAAGAAACA